CGUCCCGCAACCCAACGUCGCAUCUCUCAGGCUCAGCAGGCACAGCAGGAGCAGCAGCAGGGCCAGCGCCACUGUUCACCUCACCCGUCACAGCAUCUUUUAUCCUUCAUUGCAGCGCUUUCUGCCCUGUCAACCAGCAGCGAUUAGCCCUUUGUAGCUUCAUAGCUCGCCCUCCUUCCAAUCCAUUUUAGAGAAGCAGCUUGCUCGAGUUUCUGUAACCUUCAGUUGGAAAGUUGAACUAGUCCACUUAGCAUCACAGAGCAAGCUUUCGCAAUGGCGCGGUUGUCAGUCCUAGUAUGCCUUGCCCUCUUCGCCUCUGUCGCCUCUGCCGAAGUGUGCCCGAAGUUCGUGUGCGGCCUUGGGAACUUCCUCUACGGAAAGUUCACCGACCCGUCUGACCCGUACAAGGAGCCCGCAGACCCCCUCCAUGAGGCGUAUUUCACCCCGGGGCAGAUGUACCAGUAUGAGAAGUUCAACAUUACCGAUGACCUGAUCGCGACUCCCCAGAUCGAUUGCUACAAGGUUUGCGAGUACUACAACAUGCAGCUGCCUAGCAACGAUAACUCGGCGAACAAGGCCAAGUACUGGAUGUUCGAGGAGACGUGCCUGGACGCUACAGGCGGUAUCUGCACGUGCUACAACAAGCUCCAGUGCAAGGACGACAAGAGCUACAGCUCCAAGUGGAUGGAGCCGGCACGCGGCGUCGGGACUGAGGACUACGAGGUCCCCGCUAACUUCACCGUCGGCGAGCUCUGCGAGGGCAAGGACAAGGGUGACCCCCACUUCACCGGCGCCGACGGCUCGCACUUCGACUUCUCCGGAAAGCCCAACCGCAACUACGCGCUCAUCUCCGACCCCCACUUCGAGCUCAACGGCUUCUUCGGCGGCCGCUACUCGCGCUGGAACGGCGACGUGAAGGCUCUCACCUGGAUCCGCUCGCUCGGCAUCAUGGCCGGCCACCACACCCUCGUCCUCGAGGCGCGUCGCGGCGCCGAGUCCGAAUACCUGAACGGUUACCUCGCCCGCGUUGUGGUUGACGGCGUUCCCGUCGAGAUCACCGUCCCCGGUACUACCGUGGAGCUCUGGGAAGGUGCCACUCUCCGGUGGGAGGCGGCUCGCCAGCUCAGCGGUACCGAUCUGGUUGACGUGUACGAUGUGAAGAUCGGCAACGUUGCCACGCUUCGCCUGACGCUGAGGCCCGAGGUCAAGAACCUGCGCACUGCCACCGAUGGAGCGGUGCACUUCGGUCUGGAUGUGCUGUCGUCGUCCUUCUCCAAGGCUGUGCACGGUGUUAUGGGCCAGACCUUCCGCCCCGACUUCCAGGGCCGACUUGCCCAGCAGAAGCUGCAGUGGAGCGACCUCCUUGGGGUGAUGGUCGUUCCCGGCGACAACGCCGAGGGAUUCAUCGACGGAGGCAUGGAUGACUACGAGGUGACCGAUCUGCUCAAGGCCGACUGCAAGCUCUGCCGCUUCACGCGCGCCGAGUCGGUCGACGAGGAGAUGUCGAUCGCGAUGAACAUGAUGGGCUCCGCUGUCGGCGGUGGCCUCCCCGCUGCUCCCCGCAAGUUCCUCGACUCGUACUAAAUGAUACACGAUGUUCUUUCCUUUGCUUAGCUGGGAUGGAUCUGCUGUUGGUGUACUAUAGAGAUCUUGAGGCGGAUUCGUUAAUGACCCGCCGGAUAUUGUGCCAUUCUGUGAACAAUAUGUGAAUCUUUGAUUUAUUUCAAUUCAUGAUACUGUCCAUCGGUGUUUGCGAAUAUUAGUCACAUUGCUCAAAGCAUAGCCCAGCAGUCAUGGCCCGAAGGUCAGCCACCACCCGACCCGAUGCUCCCCUCAUGCCACCUCUCUUCAGCCUUGUCGCUCAGCUACGAACCGGCUGUAAUGUAAGCACUGCCAUGGGGUACAGCAAUGACAUAGCUCUGUAAGCAAUGACAUAGCUCUGAAAUAGCAUUGUUGCACAGGUCGUACUUCAGCAGAAGUAGACGCUUUCAUGCCGGCUACAUUCCUACCUGAGAUGGCUCCUUCACGUGAUGAACCGACACGAAAGACAUUGGAGAGACUUGCAUGAAAAGAUAGGUGUUGUCGUAGACUUGGAAGAUUGGUUCCGGCUUCCGUUUAUCACUCUUAUAGGCCUGUGCAUUAAGCAUUGCUUGCUAGGGUAUCAGGAUUUUACUCCGCCGUUACUUCCCUUACGUCUAGCCAACUUGUAAGGAGUUCUGAGGUCGGCCGCCAGUCAUGCGCUUCGCUGAAGGCGACGAGGACGACAAUGACGAGUACAACUACCAGUAGCACACUAGCACUACCAGGUCAAGCCGUCUAGGGUUUGACGCAAACGCAAUACUACGUUGUACCCCACUUAAAGCCAGAUCAUCCAUGGCUACCGUUCCGUCUUCCGCUGCGGCUGGCUCGAGCGACAGCUGGCAGAGCCGAGCCUCGGUAGCUGGUUCGGCGGCGUCAGAAGCGGAAACGAGAGAGCCACAAGCAGCAGCAGAGGCAGCAGAAGCAGGGCCAGCAGACUCCACAGCAACCCCAGCGGCAACAGCGGCGGUACCUGCUCCCUCCCCUCGCGUCCCCGCCAGCAGCAGUGCCGGUGCUUCCACAGGGUUAGGGUUUGCUUCCGCCAAUCCCCCCCGACCCACCACCGCGGCGGCUCGCUGCUUAGAGGCACCAUCUGGACCCGCGGCCUUAGCAGGGUCCGCGCCCAGGUCUUUCGAUUUGCCUCCUAGACCUACCGGCGAUUCCGCAGCAGCGGCUGCGAGUCACGGAGCGUCGUUCGAUGCGGGUUCGGGCUCGCAUCGGACGGUGGGGGAGUCCGCAGGGCGGUCGGCCAUCCGCCGAUCAUUCUUCCCCCGAUCGUCGUCGGAAAAGGGCAUGCGUUCCGCGCGCUUACCCCCGCAAGGUCAAUGGGGGAACACCGGCGGAGGUUCCGCUGGGGGGGGACAUGGGGGGAGUCAAGGGGGAACCGCUUCGUCUUCCCCCUGCCCUUCCGCCAGCUCCGGUCAUCCGGACGAGCUUGAAGAUUUUCCAGAGUCCGCUUCCGCUUCCGCCGCCUCCGCAUCCGCCUCCGCUUCCGCUUCCGCCGUACAUGGCGUGGGAGCCAAAGUUACCGCAAGGCUCGUCAGACAUGUAACCGACUCCGCUCUUUCCGCCAGCAUUUCCGGCACCAGGUGCGGAGGGGCCGUUUCUCCCCUUGCGUCCGCUUCCCCCUUCGCUUCCUCCUCCCCUUUCCACCCCCACCGGCGCACUCCCAGCGCCAAUUUCCUCUUCUUCCGCCGGUCGCUGGGCGGGGACGAAAACAUGUCCGCUUCCGCUUCCUCCGCCGACGCGGAAGGCGAAGGGGAAGGGGAGCGGGAAGGGGAAGGGGAGGGAAACUCCCCCGCCUUCUCCGGGUGCGCUGGGCGCAGGGGUGUCGGCAUCGGGUCGUGGGGGGGCAGCGGGGACGUCGCCAGCAGUGGCGGGCGGCUGUUUGGGCUGAUAGGGAGCGGGGGAGUGGGGCUCGGCGCAGGCGCAGGCGGAGGCGGAGGCGGAGGCGGAGGCUGGGGGAGAGCAGGUUUUGGGGAAAGAAGCGGGGGAAUCGGGAUGGGGGGGCUGAGGCGGCUGAGUAGGACCACGUCAGCGCCAGCGUGGAACGUUCAGCAGGCGCUGAGUCAGAUAGAGCAGGAGGAAGGAGGUGAUAGUAACGAGGGGACGAAGCAGCACAGGCGGAGAAGAAGCGGAAGGCGGAACAGCAGCGGGAGCGUGGGGUCUGAGGGCGGUGUUUGUGGCGCUGGUGGUGGCCCUGCUAGUAGCGCUGGUGGCGGUAGUGAUGCUGGUGAUGCUGCAGACGAGAUGGUUGAGAGGCGGGGCGAGGAGGGGAGGGGGCGGGCGGAGGGGAAGGGGGGGGAAGAGGUAGAGGGGGGCGCGGAGGGGGAGGGGGCUGAUCAUCCCUUGGAGAUACCGCGGUCAGAGUCCGAACCGGUGGGGAAGCCGCGGUCUGGGCUGGACGCGGUAGGGAAAAUGUCUCUUUUCAAGAUGAUGAAGCAGCGGAAGGCUCCCAAGGAACAGCGGCGGCACCACCAGCAGCAGCAGCAGCAGCAGGAGGAGGAGGAGGAGCAGCAGCAGCAGCAGGGGCAGGAGCAGCAGCAGCAGCAGCAGCAGCAGCAGCAGCAGUGGCAGAUGCUGCCGAGGCAUCAGAAGAAGCAGAAGGAGCAAGAGAGAGGGGGACGGCUGUUCUCAGGCAGUCCUCUGAAGCAAUUCAGCCCGUUGAGGCACCAUGGCAGCCCGCUGAUGGUGCAAUCCAGUCCGUUGAUGUACCACUCGCAGUCAGAGCCAAGCGUGGAUGAGAGGGAGGAGGGCGAGGAGGGGGAGGAGGGGGAGGAGACGGGGGAGACCGGAACAGAGGGUACAGAGGGGACUGACGGGGAGGAGUCGGAAGGUAUAGGGGGGAGUGAGGAUGGAUGAGCGGAGGGGAGGGGUGGCACAGGCGGCAUCACCUGCAGCAGCAGCAGCAGAGGCGCAGGCAGGGGAGAAUGCGCGCCGAGCAGCUGUAUGUGGAGAUCCCCGCUGAAGGGGGAGGGGGGGCGGACGAUGCUCCCCUCCCCACGCCUAGCGACGGGGGGAGCAGCAGCACGCGCAGCGGGGGAGGGGGAGGGUUUCGGGGCUGGGGGGCCUUGUUGGGGGACUUGGGGGACCGGGGGGGGCGGAAAGACCCGUGGGGACCCCCCCUUUGCCCAAAUAUGCUUCCCCCCGGCGCAGGAAGAUCACAGUGAAGGGGAU